GCAUCAGCACUGUCCUGAGUCAGGACUGUCCUGACCCGUCCUUUCGCUUCCGGUAAUCAUGCCAUUUCAAAGAUUCGUAGAAUCGGGCCGCGUUGCCUAUGUGAGUGAUGGCUCGCAUCAAGGCAAACUUGUUGCGAUAGUGGACGUUAUUGACCAAAAUCGAGUUUUGGUUGAUGGUCCUACAUCGAGUGUCCCACGUUGUGAGAUGAGGUUAAGCCAGCUUCAUUUAACUAAAUUCCGUAUCCGUUUUCCAUAUACUGGAUCUACUCGUGUUGUACGUAAGGCAUGGGAAACCGCAAAUAUUAAUGAGCUUUGGAAACAGACUAUGUGGGCAAGGAAGGUUGAAGCUAAAAAGAAGCGCCUGGAACUUAGUGACUUUGACCGCUUUAAGUUAAGAAAAGCCAGACAGAUCCGUAACAAGUUGAGGACAGAUGUAUUUUACAGAUUAAAAAAGAAGGUAAAGAAAGCCAAGGCUGCUGCAGGAAAUAAAAAAGUUGAAAAAAAGUAAAUUUUUAUCAUAUGAAAUAAAUACCAAAUUAUCUUGUAACUGCA